AUGGCAAUUCCAUUCAAAUCUAUUAUUGGAACUUUGCUUUAUUAAUUGUGGAUAGUAAUGAUGGGAAUCUCACUUUAUUUAAUUUACAGAGCUUUAACACAGGAUUAUUGGUUGAUACCUAUCUUAUUGGGAUUUAUUGGAUUCUAAUCCAAAGUAUAGAAAAGCGAUACAUUCGUUCGACUUUUUAAAUCACUGGAGAUAAUGAAAUUCUUCAAUAAAAAUACUAUCUAAACUCUUGAAAAAGUUAGAGAUAAAAAUGUGAUAUUUGCUUUUCAUCCUCAUGGUAUCUACAGUUAUUCAACCAUAUCAAAUACUCAUACAACUGGAACAUUCUUUGAAAAUAUGGUCUUAUUGGGAUCAAACAUGGCAUUAUUGUUCCCCAUAGCUGGAUUAUUUUUGAAACUCUAUGGAAUUCAAGGAGCAAAUCCAGAAAAUUUUAAGAGAUUAUUAACAUCAGGAGCUUAGGUAGGAUUGUUGCCUGGAGGAUUUGAAGAGGCCACAAUAACCUCUCCAAAAGAAAACAGAAUAUUUAUAAAAUAACGAAAAGGAUUUAUCUAUUAUGCAAUGAAGUAUGGUACUAUAAUAUACCCUGUAUUUGUAUUUGGAGAAAACACUCUUUUCAACACAAUUGAUUGGUUCCUCCCUCUUAGACUUUGGCUGAACAAAUUCAAAUUAGCAGGAACAGUCUUUUGGAGCAGAUUUCUUACAAUACCUGAACCAAAUAGAGAAAUUCACACUGUUUGUGGCAAGGGUAUCGUGUUGCCUUAAGUUGAGAAGCCUUCCCGUGAAGAUGUCGAAAAAUAUCAUUAAAUUUACAUUCAAGCUGUUAAAGAUCUUUAUGACCAAUAUGCUCCAUUGUAUGCGAAGGGCAUUCCUUUGAAAAUAUAUUGAAAAUGUAAAAUAUGUAUUGAAGAGUAUUUAGUAAAAUAUAUUUAUCU